AUGGUAAUUUGUUGGGGUUUCGGGAGUGUCUUUGAGUUUGACUCUGUUUUCAGGGCGGAGAAAUCCCAUAACCUCAUGUACUUGUGUGAAUUUAUUGGUCUUGAUUUGGAAAUGGAAAUUAAAGAGCAUUAUUCUGAGGUGAUGGACAUCGUAGACGGCCUAUUUGUUGCAAUGUUUGACAGUUUGAAUGAGAAAUGCAAGAAAGAACUUGAGGCCAUUGGGAACCAGUAUCCCAUUGAACCACUAAAGUACCUAAGGAAGACUCUGAGACUGACUUUCGAAGAAGGGGUUCAAAUGUUGAAGGAAGCUGAUGUUGAAGUUAAUCCUCUUGGUGAUUUAAAUACAGAAUUGAAAAGGAAGUUAGGAAAGCUAGUACUUGAAAAAUAUGGAAGCCAACGUGUGCAUGAUCCCGAGCUCUUGAGUACUAGAGCACAGAGUUGUGGAAUUGAUCCGAAGUCUAUUGAAGCAUAUAUUGAUGCAUUUCGAAACGGUACAGCCCCACAUGGUGGAUUUGGAGUUGGGUUGGAGAGAGUGCUAAGUUCCUUCACUUUCUUAACCGGGGUUUCAGUACUGAAAGGUUUAAUUCCCUCACUUUCAGCAGCAGUAGGAUCGUGGGAAACUUCUGCUUCAUAG